AUAGGAAAACCUAUGACAUAACUUUUGCGGGCUCAACAAGUCGCGUUACAAAUGCUGGAUGCCGAUCAAGUUGUACUUCUUCUGAUAGAACGAGUGCUUGUAGAAACAAAAGAAACUGUCAGAUGACAUGCUGUAAUACUUCCUCGUGCAACAGCGACUCAAGUGGUGGAAGCUCAUCCAAUCCCAGUUGCUACACUUGUGUGUCGACUUCAUCGUACCAAGACUGCGAAAACAAAGCCAUUUUAACUAGAUGCAGUUCUACCACUUCCUAUUGUUAUAAAAUGGACUACAAGUUGUCCUCGUCAAGUGACAGAGAAGGCAGUAUUUACAAGAAAGGCUGCAUAGCUGAUGCAAGUUCCUGCAGCCAAUUGCGAUCCAACUACCUCAGCAGCAUCUUGAUAGAUGAAUGCAAUGUAUACUGCUGUACUGGUUCGGGCUGCAAUGCAGGCUCAGUUCAACAGUUCAGCGUUGUGAUACUUAUGACAUGCGCUGUUGUAUUUUUCAUUUCUCAAAAUUUGUUUUUCUUGCCAUUAGAUACCCAGCUGUGA